AUGAUGCUCACCACAUCGCUGGCGGCGCUGCUUGCCGCCUGCGCCACGCCGGCCAUGGCAUUUCUGUCGAUGCCCAAGCUGAGGCCGCCGAUGCUGGUGGACGAGUCAUUUGAGAGCAUGACGGAACGCGGCGUCCUUGAUGGCCGCGCGGCGAGCGUCUACAAGGGCCAGACGACCUUCCAGCAGCUGCUCGACCACAAGGACCCGUCGCAGGGCACCUUCAGCCAGCGCUUCUGGUGGAGCACGCAGUACUGGGGCGGCCCGGGCUCGCCGGUGGUGUUCUUCACGCCGGGCGAGGAGCCGGCCACCAACUACACGGGCUACCUGACCAACCGGACGAUCACGGGCCAGUUUGCCCAGGCCAUCGGCGGGGCCGUCGUCAUGCUGGAGCACCGCUACUGGGGCGAGAGCUCGCCGUUUGACGACCUGACGACCAAGAACAUGCGCUUCCUCACGCUCGCCAACUCGAUCGCCGACGUGACGCACUUUGCGCGCACCGUGGAGCUGCCGUUCGACACCAACGGCACCAGCAACGCGCCGACGGCGCCGUGGGUCAUGAGCGGCGGCAGCUAUGGCGGCGCGCUGGCCGCCUAUAUCGAGCACGUCGACCCGGGCACCUUCUGGGCCUACCAUGCCAGCAGUGCUCCCGUCCAGGUGAUCGAGGACUUUUGGCAGUACUUUGAGCCCGUCAUACAGGGCCUGCCGCAGAACUGCAGCGCCGACCUGCAGCUCGUCAUCCCCCACAUCGACGACGUGCUCGCCAACGGUACCACUGCCGAGAUCCAGGCGCUCAAGGACAAGUUCGGUCUGGGCACCAUUGAGCACAGCGACGACUUUGUCGUUGCUCUCGAGAACGGUCCGUGGGACUGGCAGGAAAGCGGCUUUGACGCGGACUACUCGCCCGUCUACGAGUUCUGUGAUUAUGUCGAGAACUCGGUGGCCAGCGUGUUCGACAGCGCCACGGCCGGCGCUGAGGGAGUUGGCCUGGAGAAGGCGCUCGACGGAUAUGCCAAGUGGACGUCUGAGGUGCUGCUGCCCGGCAACUGCGAAAGCUACGGGUACUUUAGCGGCGAGCUCAACACGGUCUGCUUCGAGACGUACAACGGCAGCAACCCGGUCUUCACGGACACGAGGGUGGACAACCCGGUGGGCCGCCAGUGGACCUGGAUUCUGUGCAACGAGCCCUUUGGUUUCUGGCAGGACGGCGCGCCGGACGACAUGCCGACGAUCGUGUCGCGGCUGUCCACCAAGGCCUACUGGGAGCGUCAGUGCGCCCUCUACUUCCCGACCGAGGACGGCUACACCUAUGGUCAGGCUUCCGGUGCCACCGCCGACAAAUUCAACGCCUACGGUGGCGGCUGGUCCGUGGAGAACCGCACCCGGCUCAUCUGGACCAACGGCGAGUUCGACCCCUGGAAGGACGCCACCAUGUCGUCGGAGAACCGUCCCGGCGGACCGCUGGUCUCGACCUCUGACCAGCCCGUCAACGUCAUCCCCGCCGGCGUGCACUGCAGCGACCUGAUCUACGACAACGGCCUGGACAAUGCCGGCGCCAUGGCCGUCAUCCAGAAAGAGAUCGCCGUCAUCAAGGCCUGGGUCGAGGAGUUUUACACCGCCAAGAACAAGGCCAAGCGGUCCCAGUCGUUCCAGGCCUAA